UUAGAACAAAAAUAAAACAAUUUUUUCUUUAUCAAAACUUGUAGAAAAAAAUAAGGAAAAGAAAAACAUAUAUAAACAAACAUAUAUAAACAAACAAAUAAAUAAAUCUUCGAAUUGAUGGUAAUGUGAAAAUUCGCUCGCUCCGGUUUCUAUAGCUACUUCUAUUAUUCUACCUCCGCCGUCGACCAACACCGUCCGCCGCAUCACCGCCUUUGUUGCCGCCGAUAGAUUGACCCUCACCUCAUCAGUUGGUUGGUGUUGAAUUGGUGGAAGAACAAUGUCUGUAACAGCGGGUGUUAGUGAUACGGUAAUAGCGGUUAGGGAUAAGCUUAGAGGUAAAAUUGGCCAAACAAAAGUGAAACGUUAUUGGCCAGGUAAAGUUCCCGAAUGGGCGGAUGAAGAGAAUGAAGAUGUCGCCGGUGAUAUUAGACCGAGCAGGGAAGCUGCAUUGGAUAAAGCAUUUCCUCGUCACGAAGAAGAUGCUGGUAUUGUUAGGAAGGAUGAUAGGAGGCUGCGUCGAUUGGCUGAGAGUCGGAUAGAUAACCGUGAGGAAGUUAGGGCUGAUCAUCGUCGUAUUAGGCAGGCUGAGAUUAUUUCUACUAUUGAAGAGGAGGAAAGGAGGCAAGAAGGGUUGGAGUUAGAAGAACAAGAUGAGGAUGCUAUGGCGGAGAGAAGAAGACGGCUUAAGGAGAAGUUGCUUCAGAGAGAGCAAGAGGAAGCGCUUCCUCAGGAAGAGGAGGAGGAAGAGGAAGAAGAAGAAGUGGAUGAGGAAUCUGAGUAUGAGACUGAUUCGGAUGAGGAAUACACUGGAGUAGCUAUGGUGAAGCCCGUGUUUGUUCCGAAGUCUGAGAGAGAUACGAUUGCUGAGCGUGAGCGUCUUGAAGCGGAAGAGGAGGCUCUUGAGGAGGGAAGGAAAAGGAGAUUGGAGGAAAGGAGAAUUGAGACGAAGCAGAUUGUUGUUGAAGAGAUUAGGAAGGAUCAAGAGAUCCAGAAAAAUAUUGAAUUGGAGGCAAAUAUUGCCGAGGUGGACACGGAUGAUGAAAUCAAUGAGGCAGAAGAAUAUGAAGCUUGGAAAGUGAGAGAGAUCAGUAGGAUCAAGAGGGAUAGGGAGGAUCGGGAGGCACUGUUGAAGGAAAAAGAAGAGAUUGAGAGGGUGAGGAACAUGACAGAGGAAGAAAGGAGAGAGUGGGAAAGGAAGAAUCCAAAACCUUCUCAAUCGUCAAAGCAGAAAUGGAGAUUUAUGCAGAAGUAUUAUCACAAGGGUGCUUUCUUCCAGUCUAAUCCUGAUGACCGAGCUGCCACCGUUGGAACUGACAAUAUUUUUGCGCGUGAUUUCUCUGCCCCAACUGGAGAAGAUAAAAUGGACAAGACAAUAUUGCCUAAGGUUAUGCAAGUCAAGCACUUUGGUCGUAGUGGAAGAACUAAGUGGUCCCAUCUGGUCAAUGAGGACACUACUGAUUGGAACGCCCCGUGGACUUUCACUGAUCCGCUUCGUGCAAAGUAUAAAGAGAAAAUGGCAGCAAUGGACGCACCUAUAGCGAAACCUAAAGGAAGCAAAAAAAUGAAGGAUUGGGAAUCUCGAUGAAUUUAAAGUCCAGAAAUAAUGUAUGAAGAUGGUGUCCUUUGGAUAAUUUGAUUACAAAGCACAUUAGAUUAGCUAUGCCGUAUCCUAUGUAUACUUGUGUUCUAUCUUUAUCAGAAAAUGAAAGUAGUUCAUUAUGGCUUAAACAUGCAUGCUAUGGAUCAUGGAGCACAGUUUAUGCAGAUUGGAAUUUUUGGCUA